AUGGCUCUCAACCUUGAAAAGCAGCUCAUUUUUUAUGGAGCUUAUCAUCAUAACCCGGUUAAUAUCGGGAUUCACAUGAUCUUUGUCCCGGUCAUUCUUAUCACCUCUUUCCAGUUGGCCAUCAACAUCCCCUUCGUCGUCAACAUACCGGACGCUCUUCAAUACCAAUACCUGCCGCUUAACGUCGGAACAAUUGCGGCAAUUGUAUAUGGCGUAGGAUACGUGCUGCUCGAGCCCGUCGUGGGCCUCGUCUCCAUCCCGGUAUUGCUCGGUGCCACGGCCUACAUGAACUACCUGACCAUAACCUACGGAGCCACCGCUACGUACUGGUCGCUCGGAAUUCACGUCAUCUCAUGGAUCGCCCAGUUCGUCGGCCACGGAGCCUACGAGGGCCGGUCGCCAGCCCUGCUCGACAACAUUUUCCAGGCGCUCUUCCUGGCGCCGCUAUUCGUUUUCCUCGAGUAUCUCUUCACCCUGGGGUAUCGCCCAGAGUUGCAGCGCCGGGUGGAGAUUGGGGUGCAGAAGAAGAUUGGCGAGUUCAAGGCUGAGAAGGCUGAGAAGAGCAAGUAG